CAGGAGCCGGCCAUGGACAUGCGGUCCAUCACUGACCGGGCUGCCCAGACCCUGCUGUGGACGGAGCUUUUCCGAGGCCUGGCCAUGACGCUGAGCUACCUUUUCCGGGAGCCGGGCCCCAACUUUGAGUUCUCGACGGAGACGCACGAGGAGCUGCUCUACAACAAGGAGAAGCUGCUCAACAACGGCGACAAGUGGGAGGCUGAGAUCGCGGCCAACAUCCAGGCCGAUUACCUGUACCGGUGA